CUGUGUGGGGAGAUGCCAGGGUUUGUCUGAUGGGAGGGUGAAACCCUGCAGGGAGCAGCCUCACUUCAGGGAUGACUUUUGUACCUAGUAGCUGGAACUGGAGCUGAUGUGGGUCUCUGGGGAGAGUAGUGGGAAGAGGUGCUGGGGAAGGUUAAUAUGACAAAACCAAAAUAAUUCAUGGCAAUGUACUGAUUUUGUCAGUGUAUGAAAACUUAUCAGGUUUUCUCCUCUCAGGUAGCAGGAGACCUUGUUGUGUCGCAGCAGCUGAAGUGCAACAGUCAAAAUGAAACAGUGCAAACUGGCAUUUUGCUCCACGCCAGCGAGGUGGCCGCCGAGCGCGGCCCGGAGCUGAGGUCGGCGCCCGAGCAGAGCCCGCUGGAGGAGUUCCUGGCCACAGCCGAGCUCGCCGGCACCCGCUUCGUGGCCGAGCGUCUGAAUGCCCAGAUCGUGUCUGCCCAGAGUUGCACGGGCCUGCUCACAGACCAGGAGGCUCAGCGCAUCCGGCAGCUGCACCAGGAGAACCAGGAGUUCCUGCGCAUCCCACGGAGGCCAUGCUGGGAUAGGACAACCAGUGCAGAGGACUUGAAGCAAGCAGAGAGGGAGAGCUUCCUUGAGUGGAGGCGACAGCUUGCCCACCUUGAGGAAGAGAAAAAGUUAAUUCUAACCCCAUUUGAACGAAAUUUGGAAUUUUGGCGCCAGCUUUGGAGAGUCAUUGAAAGAAGUGAUAUUGUAGUCCAGAUAGUAGAUGCUAGAAACCCUCUUCUGUUUAGAUGUCAAGAUCUGGAAAGUUACGUUAAGGAAGUCAGUAAUGACAAGGAGAACAUGAUCCUGAUCAACAAAGCAGAUUUGCUGAGUGAGGAGCAGCGAGCUGCUUGGGCACAGUUCUUUGAGAAGGAGGGUGUGAAGGUGGUAUUCUGGUCAGCAUUGGCAGAGUGUAAACGGCUGUCUGGAGAAACAAAGGAACGGGAUGCUGAAGGUGUAGCAGAGCACCUGAGUGAUUCUGAGGAUGAAAGCUCCAGUCAAGCAGAAGACAACACAGCACAAGGUAGCGCAGAAAGCACAUCCACAGACAAUGCUUUGCAAACUGUAAACCAAGUUCUGCUUAGUGCUGAUGACAGCAGUGAUGAAUAUGAAGACUGUGAAGAAGAUGAAGAGGAGGCCUGGCAAACCUGUUCUGAAGAUGAAGAUGGGGACAACAUAAAUGCUAUUGCUCCAGAGAGGAUGGAAAACAGGACUGAUGGUGCUGCAGUGCAGCAUGUAGUGCAGGAGCAGAACAGCAAUGUCAGGAACUUCAGCCAUCUAGUACAGAGAAAUGAGCUGCUGGAGAUAUUCAAAACCAUGCACUAUGGACCAAGGGUGAAGGAUGGGGAAGUAAAUGUUGGGCUGGUGGGUUACCCUAAUGUUGGCAAAAGUUCAACCAUCAACACAAUCCUUGGAAACAAGAAGGUGUCAGUAUCUGCUACACCAGGCCAUACAAAACACUUUCAGACCCUGUACGUGGAGCCUGGCCUGUGCCUUUGUGAUUGCCCUGGUCUGGUGAUGCCAUCUUUCGUCUCUACCAAGGCAGAAAUGAUUUGUUCUGGAAUUCUGCCUAUAGACCAGAUGAGGGACCAUGUCCCACCUGUUUCUCUAGUUUGCCAGCAUAUCCCACGAAACGUUUUGGAAGCAACCUAUGGAAUAAGUAUUAUAAGGCCAAGGGAAGAUGAGGAUCCAGAUCGAAAGCCAACAGCUGAAGAGCUGCUAACAGCAUACGGAUAUAUGAGAGGCUUUAUGACAGCUCAUGGACAGCCAGACCAGCCGAGAUCAGCUCGAUACGUAUUGAAAGACUAUGUCAGUGGGAAGCUGUUAUAUUGCCACCCACCUCCUGGUAUUGACCCAAAUGAUUUUCAGCACCAGCAUCAAAGAUGCCUGGAGAGCAGAACUGUGCAGGUUACUGGACAGGUGAAGCCUGAGAAGAAUAACAAAGCAAAGCAAAUUGAAAAUGUGGUGGAUAAAACGUUUUUCCACCAGGAGAACGUCCGAGCCCUCAUGAAAGGGGUCCGGGCUGCAAUGGGAUACCAGCCUGGCAGCGGCCUCGUGCCUGGGACUGCAUCCAAUCCUGGGAAUGUGGUAGGAAAGCCCUGGAAAAAACACGGAAACAGGAACAAGAAGGAGAAAAUUCGCAGGAUCACCAAGCACCUGGAGGCUUAGCUGUGGCACCACUACUGGGCUUUUCCAGGGCAGGGACUGCACUGUCCCACAGGCCUUAGUUGAGGGGUAAAAAAAAAAAAAAAAAAAAAAAAAAAGGAUAAGUGGGCAUCAGUAGCUCACCUGGUAGCUCUGUGCUGUGGAUUGGCCUGGGCAGGGGUAAGGAUGGGCUCUGGUAGUUGAAGCUCAUCCCUUCUGGGAACAAAAGAGACCUGGCUGUUUGUGUUAUCUGGAAGCCAGCCCAGAUGUUUGACUGCUGCUGAAACAUCCUUUCAAUGGGAGCAGAUGGAGCCAUGUGGUAGUGUUUUUUCCUUCCAUAAAGGAUGUAUUUUAUGACUGUCGCAAUCAAAGCAAGCCCUGUAAAUCCGACUAAAAUCUUUAUAAACAGUUGAACUUCAAUGAGUGAUGUUUGUUACAUUAUGAGACACUAUUGCUGAUCUCCUUUUUUUUUUUUAUCCUGUCUUUAAAGCUGGUUUAUUGAUUUGACAGAACACUUUAGUGUGUUGAAAAAUAAAGUAAAAUUAUCUUUAUUGCCCUCUUCCUUCUCUGCUGUGCCAGACCUAUUCUGUAGAAUUUGGUACUGAAACCACUCCCUAUUUCCCAGCUUGAGCAGAGCAUGGCACAACUGUGCAAGGAAAAUGCUGCUUUUAUGUCCUUCACACUGAGCUGGUAUCAGUUUUCUGUGUGACUUCCCACUGGUAUUUUAAAACAUUAGCUCCGUUUGACUGGCUAAAAUCUGGUGCUAAUUUGUCCUUAAAUAUAUUUGAGAUUUUACUUCCUA